AUGUUGACCUGGACCGGACUUGUGGUCAUCGUCGUGCUCGGCGGCAGCUUCCUCCUUCUAUUUGUGGUCCCGUACUUCAUUGCCAAGAUGCAGCCAGCGCUACCGGUUGACUGCGGUGAUAUCAACGCCCCGCACGCCAAGCGACUCGCCAAGCAGCACAUCAAGCGGCUGUGGCGCACUUACUUUUAUCACUCGGACCGCCACAGCCGCCACACGCAGAGCUUCACGUUUAUCUGCCUCUUGAGCAAUGCCGUGUCUGACGUUGAGAUCGUUCGGGACCUUGCGUCGAUCUUCAUCAUGCUCGGCGUCAUGGCGCACGCUUGGUACGGCUGGGGCCACGCCGUGAGCCAAAAACGGGCUGACCACGAGCGCGAGCAGUGGGAAAAACACCUCGAAGAUAUCAAAGCGAUGCAGCGCUCCACGACACAAAUCAACCAAUCCCAUGUUUGAGAGCUGGAGAACGUGCAAAAUCUGACUAAUGCAAAUCCAC